UACUAAAACUAGGGUAAAAAAGUAAAUUCCCACGUAUCAGGUUUCCGAAUCCCGUUCGGGGAUGGUAAAAUAAAGAAGAAACAUUCCAUUUCCCUUGCGGUUUUUCUUUUCUUGCGGGGAAGGUCAGUCAGCUGAUUGCAAACCAGUCUGUCCCACUCCUAUAUAAAUGGCUCAAUCAAGCUCCAGCGAUAAUGUGUUUGUUUACCUUCUUCGAUCUCCGGAAUCAUUCCUCAACUGGGUAGCGACAACUAGCUAGUGCACUCGAGAUCUCCGACGGUCCUCGAUCUCCUGUGCUCAAAAUGGCGCCGGCGCUUGAUAUAGUGAAUCCUCUGGACGACGACGACAUCGCCCUCCUUCGUACUUACGGUUUAGGGCCUUAUUGCAAAACCAUGAAGAAGCAGGAAGAAGAAAUCAAGGAGUUAGCUAAGAAGAUCAACUCCCUCCGUGGCACCAAGGAAUCUGACACUGGUUUGGCUACACCAGGCUACUGGGAUUUGGUUUCUGAUAAACAGAUGAUGCAGGAGGAGCCACCACUUCAAGUUGCCAGAUGCACUGAAAUUAUUAAUCCCAAUACCCAGGAUGCGGAAUACAUGAUUAACAUCAAGCAAACGGCUAAGUUCGUUGUUGGGCUUGGCGAAAAUGUCUCCCCCACUGAUAUAGAAGAAGGAAUGAGAGUUGGCGUUGAUCGUACCAAAUACCAGAUUAAGAUUCCGCUGCCUCCCAGGGUGGAUCCCUCUGUUACCAUGAUGACUGUCGAGGAAAGGCCUGAUGUUACUUACAAAGAUGUCGGUGGCUGCAAAGAGCAGAUUGAAAAGAUGAGAGAAGUUGUUGAACUUCCCAUGCUUCAUCCGGAGAAGUUUGUGAAGCUUGGAAUUGAUCCUCCCAAGGGCGUUCUAUGCUAUGGUCCACCUGGAACGGGGAAAACCUUGCUGGCUAGAGCGGUUUCCAACAGAACAGAUGCAUGUUUCAUUCGCGUCAAUAGUAGUGAACUCGUUCAGAAGUAUGUUGGUGAGGGGGCUCGCUUGGUUCGGGAGCUUUUUCAGAUGGCUCGGUCAAAGAAGGCUUGCAUCAUCUUCUUUGAUGAGGUUGAUGCAAUCGGUGGUGCACGUUUUGAUGAUGGUGCGGGUGGAGACAAUGAAGUUCAGCGAACAAUGCUCGAAAUUGUCAACCAACUUGAUGGAUUUGACGCUCGAGGAAAUAUCAAGGUGUUGAUGGCAACAAACAGACCCGAUACCUUGGACCCAGCACUUCUGCGUCCUGGAAGACUGGAUCGUAAGGUUGAGUUUGGACUGCCAAAUGCGGAGAGCAGGACUGAGAUUUUCAAGAUCCAUACACGGACAAUGAACUGCGAAAGAGGCAUCCGCUUUGAACUCCUUGCCCGCCUUUGUCCGAAUUCAACUGGAGCCGACAUUAGGAGUGUUUGUACCGAAGCUGGGAUGUGUGCCAUUAGAGCACGCAGGAAGACAGUAACGGAGAAGGACUUUCUGAGUGCAGUCAGCAAGGUCAUUAGGGGAUACCUUAAGUUCAGUGCCACUCCCAAGUACAUGGUCUACAACUAACGCUAGAGAUGUUGAUGUUUUUUUUUCCAGAACGACUCCUUGUAAAAUGUGCAUCACAGCUAAAUUUCCAAUCCCUCUCAAUUGCACGUAUAGCUAUUUUCAACUAUGGGUAACCAUCGAUCUCUCUGGUCCAUUAUGUAAGUCGGUGAAAACGUAGAUUAUAUUCCGAAAGGUAACAUCUUUUGAUGGCUUCAUUACGAGUUUUGAUCUUUUGUGGGAGUUUAUAUAUGUAUCUGUUAUCAGAACUCUCUAUAACGUAAUUGUUGGCCUUUAUUUAUCGCCGACGAUGAAAGGAAGAGAUGGAAAAUGAAGGUAGAAUAAGAAA